AUGUCUUCCGAGGUCACAUCAGCACUAGAUGAUAUCGAGACCCAGUUAUAUGCUGCCAAGCAGUCUGGGCUAUUAAGAGGAACAUUGUCUGCAGAAGAACAGUUCAAAUUAAUUACAGGGAGUAAUGACCUAGUAGAGGCCGUAAAAGGAGCUAAGCAUAUCCAGGAAUGUGUCCCAGAAAUUCUUGAUUUAAAGAAGGCCGUUUUCAAAAAUCUUGAUAAAUGUGUAGAUGAGACUGCAGUUAUCUCAAGCUCAACUUCAUGUCUAGCGCCCUCUCUAUUCACAGAAGAACUAUCCAAGCGUGACCAUUGCAUAGUUUGUCAUCCAGUGAAUCCUCCAUAUUAUGUUCCACUGGUGGAAAUUAUACCAUCCUCCUGGACAGAUAAGUUCACCAUGGAUCGUACAAGAGCAUUGAUGGAAGAGAUUGGUCAAGUGCCGGUCUUGGUUAAAAAGGAGUUACCUGGAUUUGCAUUGAAUCGUAUACAAUAUGCAAUCAUUGGAGAGUGUUGGCGCCUUGUACAGGAAGGUGUAAUGUCAACUGAAGAUGUUGAUAAGGUGAUGUCAGCUGGGUUGGGUCCACGGUAUGCUUUCAUGGGUCCACUUGAAGUUAUGCAUCUCAAUGCUGAAGGUAUGCAAAGCUAUAUAGAUCGAUAUGCAAAGAGCAUGACAACAGUUAGCUCAACUUUUGGCCCAGCGCCAACAUUUGAUGGAGCAGCACUCAAUGAGAUUGUCAAGGAUAUGAAUACACAGAUACCCCUUGUUAACCUGGACGAGAGGCGUCAGUGGCGGGAUGCUCGUCUACUAGGUCUAGCCAAACUGAAAAAGGAUAUGGACUCUGAGCAGAAAUAACCAUUAACUUAGUGAGUCAACAAGUAUAGUUGUAGCUUAUAAAAAUUGUGAUUACAGUUUGGCUAUAUAAUAUUUUCAAAAUAUAAGGUGUUUUCUAGAAAAUUAUAUAUUGAAUUUCUACUAAGUAAAAUCAAUCUUGCUAUAAAUAGAACUUAAGUUGUUUUUAAAUUUUAUGUAUUUUUUGCUGCCAAUUAUUUUUACUAAAUUUAUGAUUAUUUGUUUAAAGUUGACCUAAAACAAACAAGAAGUAUUUUGCUGUCUGGUUAACAAACAAAUAUAUAGUACUGUUUUAUGUUCUUUGCAUAGAACCUUAAACUGGCUCUUAUUCAAUUUAGCGAUUUAGUGAAAACUAAAUUGUGUAGAUCUGUGUGUGAUUUUUUUUUAAUGGCUGAACAACUUUAAUUUUAAAAUGAUCAGUUUACAAUUUAAAUAAAAUUAUACAGAAAGAAACCAAAAUACCUGCUGCAUAAUUCUGAGUAUUUAUUCAAUAUUUAUAGUUUCAACUGAAAAUGGAUUUUCACUGUGAUUUAAAUAUACAUAUAUAUAUAAUACUGUGUGUUGAAAUUACUCUGAUGUUACCAACACAACAUUGCCAUCAUACAUUAUUAUCACUUAAUAAUAUUGUGAUUUUAUGGUAAAGGACCUUGCCUUUCAGUUAAAGGAUUAGGUUUGAAUCCCAUCAAAUUCCAGAAUCAUUUUUACAUACUGUAUCCCAAUCUAAGCUGGAAAAGUAGACUUAGCACCAGUCUUUCAAGCUUAUAAAUUUUCAACACCCAUUAAUUGUUAACAAAAAUUAUGACCAUUGCUAUUUCUGUUUCACAUUGGGCAAUGUAUAAUCAAAUUAGAUUUAAUUAAAAAAAUAAUUACAAAACAUUUUA